AAUCACCUCCCCAGCAGAACCAAUUUUAUCAGUCAUCUGUCACAAUAAUCUGAAAUCGGCAUUUUGAGCUACUGAUCCUGAUUCCGGCGGCAAAAAAUUGCGGAAAGAUUUUACAUCGCCCAACCGUGCCGCCCUUUCAACACACUGGCGGGCAGAGACGAGCGCGCCUUUAUUACUACUACCGCGCUGGACGGUGACCAACUGCUGUAUCGCUGCUCUCAUAGAAUUAAAAUAACCAACCAUGUUUGACUUCGACGACGACGCGUCCAGGCGCGAAAAGUGCUACACCACUGUGGCCGAACUGCCGUCCUUCGUCGACCCCAAGCAGCCUCCAUCUACACGAUUGCCUUUCUCGGCUAUUGGAGGUCACUCCUUUUUGCAUACAGUAGAGGUCCUUCUCCCGGAGAAGGCUUACGCGGCCAUCGAGAGUUCGGUAGACUCCAAAUUGCAAAAACUCCGAUAUGCUCGGGUGUUCAUGUCUCUCUCGGCUUUGAUCGAGGGCGAGUUUUUCAAUACUUACAUCAAGUCUGGCAACAUUCUCAUGAUAUCCGAAGGCCGAUCAGGCUCGGAUAACGUGUUUUCUCUCAGAGAUGGGAUCCUCCGUCUAGAACUCGGAAAGGAGGUAUACGAACGAACCGGUCUCACAGGGAAACCGAUCCGGAGCGGCGGUAGAAAACAUGGCAAGGAAAGAUAUCUGGUGGAAUUGAAUCUGCGCCUACCGUCCAUGCUCCACGGCAAGAAAGGUUUCGAGAGAAUCGUCUGGGCAUUUAAGAACGUGCUCAACCACGCCGUCGCUUGGCUCUUCUAUGACCUGCAAUCGGAAUCGGGUGGGAUCUCCCAAGACGAUCAAUCUCUGAAAGGAAACCAUCCACACAUCAUCGACUGCGAGCCAUCGCGAACCUACCAUCGCGAUGUUCUCGUCCCGCCGUUCAAAUCCGCCACCAACACAGAAGCAGGUCCCACAGAAGACCUGAAUGUUUCCUGCAAUGAACUCUCCGAGUGGCUUGCUAUGGUGACGCUUCAAUCAUCUCUCGUCUCGUCGCACGACGACACCGACCCCUACCUAUGUCGGUAUAGUGUCCCCGACGCGGAGGACGCGGAGUCUUCCGAUCUAGUCAGUCUGAGAUGGCACGGCUUUGCUUCUCCGAAAUGGGUGAUGCAGCUUUUUAUCACUUUACUACAAGAAAUCGGACGUUAUGCCCCCGCUUCGUCCGCUUGGUUUGCUCUUUCAGCAAGUGCGCUUGGAAGAGAUGUUGUCGAUGGGAAAGAUGGGUAUACGAUCAUGACCUUGCCGCCGACAAACAUGGUGGAUGACUCGGAAGGUGGCGAGCAGGAUAAGCCGGCGGGCUCGCAAUCCAUUAAACAUCGGCCUUUUGUCUGCUGGGAAUACGUGGGGGCUUCGACUUUGGAGACGUGAAUUGAGAUGUG